UUUAACAGCGGUGGACACAUUAAUUAGCCGUUAGCACUUGAUAUGCUAAUGUGGACUACUUUUCAUCGCGGAGUGUCACGUCCCUGCACGCUCCGCGUCCUCACAGCUUAAUUGAAACAGUGCUGCGCGGAGGAGACUUGCAGGUGUUCCACGGCGAUAAUUAAACCAAAACAACGUCCCGCUGCGUGGAAGUUGCUAGCAAACUGCUGAAGUGCAAAUAUCAAGUCCAACGGCGUCAGUAUAAAACUUUUACCCAGGAUGAACAGCAGUGGACCGACCUAUCCUCUGGCUUCUUUGUAUGUCGGGGACCUGCACCCUGAUGUUACAGAAGCCAUGCUUUAUCAGAAGUUUUCUCCUGCUGGACCCAUUAUUUCAAUCCGUGUGUGCCGUGACAUCAUCACCCGCAGAUCUCUGGGAUACGCCUACAUAAACUUCCAGCAACCAGCUGAUGCGGAGUGCGCCCUAGAUACGAUGAACUAUGACCUCAUCAAAGGUCGGCCAAUUCGAAUAAUGUGGUCUCAGCGUGACCCAGGACUCAGGAAAUCUGGUGUGGGUAACAUCUUUAUCAAGAACAUGGAUGAGUCCAUUGACAACAAGGCGCUUUAUGAUACCUUCUCAACCUUUGGCAAUAUUUUGUCUUGCAAGGUUGUUAGUGAUGAGAAAGGAUCCAAAGGCUACGGCUUUGUUCACUUUGAGACUCAGGAGGCUGCAAACCGGGCCAUUGAAACCAUGAAUGGGAUGCUGCUUAAUGAUAAGAAAGUUGAAGUGACAGAUAAAUGGUUGAAACCUGGCAUUGUCAACUCAGAGGCCAUGGUUCUGGGGGAAACAUGUCAGGGCCAGCCUAGUUUUGUUGGCCACUUCAAGUCACGCAAGGAGAGAGAGAUGGAGUCUGGCUCCAAAGCUUCCAAGUUCACCAACGUCUACAUCAAAAACUUUGGUGAAGACUGCACUGAUGAGACACUCAAGGACAUGUUUUCAGCAUUUGGGAGGACGCUGAGUGUGCGCGUGAUGAAGGAUGAGAAGGGUCGUUCUCGAGGAUUCGGCUUUGUAAACUAUGGCAACCAUGAAGAAGCUCAGAAGGCAGUCGAUGAAAUGAACGGAAAGGAGAUCGAUGGGAAAAUCCUCUAUGUAGGGCGAGCUCAGAAGCGUCAGGAGCGUCAGGAUGAGCUGAAGCGCAAGUUUGACCAGAUCAAGCAGGACCGCAACCAGCGCUACCAGGGUGUGAACCUGUAUGUGAAGAACUUAGACGACACCAUAGAUAAUGAGACACUCCGGAAGGAGUUUGCCCCUUACGGCACCAUCACCAGUGCCAAGGUGAUGACAGAUGGCACCCAAAGCAAAGGCUUUGGCUUCGUCUGCUUCUCUUCUGCCGAAGAAGCAACAAAAGCAGUAACUGAAAUGAACGGGAGAAUUGUAGCAAGCAAGCCGCUGUAUGUGGCUUUGGCUCAGCGGAGAGAGGAGCGCAAAGCAAUUCUUACUAACAAGUACCUGCAGAGGCUUGCUACGAUGAGAUCUAUGCCCGGUACCAUUAUCGACUCAUUCCAUCAGUCUGCAUACUACAUCACUGUCCCGCAGCCUCCCGCUCGCUCCUUCUACAACCACAGCGCUGUCAGCAACUUUAGAUCUGCCCCUCGCUGGACAGGACAACCACCGAGACCACAAGGCCCUUACUCACCCCAGUUUUCAGGUGGUUCUGUUGUACGACGUGGAUCGGCCUCCAUCACUACAGUCAGACAGGCUUCCACUCAGGCUCCACGUGUUGUAACCUCCACACAAAAGACAAACAACAUAGGCACUCAGACUGUAGGAGGGCGAACUGACAUGCCUGCUGAGUACAGGAGCAGCCAGUACAAGUAUUACUCUGCAGUGAGGAACCCUCAGCAGGUUGUUCCUGUACCCCCACCCAUGACAAGACUACAGGUUGGUCCUGCGCCUGUCAUGGAGCCACCAGCGCAUGUUCAAGGACCAGAGCCGCUCACUGCCUCAUUGCUGGCUGCAGCUCCACUCAGGGAUCAGAAACAGCUUCUUGGGGAGCGUUUGUACCCAAUGAUUCAUGCCCUCCACCCAAACCUGGCUGGAAAAAUCACUGGCAUGCUGCUGGAGAUCGACAACUCCGAGCUGCUGCACAUGCUGGAGUCGCCCGAGUCCCUGAACUCAAAGGUGGAUGAGGCAAUCGCUGUCCUACAAGCUCACCAGGCGAAGCAGUGUUCUACUAAGAAGUGAGGAGAACCUUCAGAUGACUUUCUGGAGGACGGAAAAAGUUACCAAGUGUAAAAUUUUGGAAGAAGAAAAAAAUGGAGAAAGAAAAGGUUCUGUGUGGAUUAUAUGGAUAAGAGAUUUAUGAAGAAAGCUGUUAAGUUGUUGCAAUACCUUUUGUUAGAUAAAGUUUCCAGUAUAUGCAUUAAAA